GUGCUUGUGGGCUUCCGAAGACCCGUCCCCGCUUGGUAGCCGCCGCCAGCAUGGAGGCUCGCCGCACGCGGCAAAAGGCUCUCAAAGUGAAGGACUCAAAGAACGUCAGCUAUAUGGAGCUGAUUUCCAUGGAAACGUCAUCCUCCUCUGAUGACAGUUGUGACAGCUUUGCUUCUGAUAAUUUUGCAAACACAAGACUGCAGUCAGACAGGGAAGGCUGCAGGACCCGAAGUCAGUGCCGUCACUCGGGACCUCUCAGGGUAGCCAUGAAGUUCCCAGCACGAAACCCGCGGGGGCCAGCCAACAAAAAAGCUGUCCCCUCAAAAUCCCCUGAGAACUCUGCAAACGAUUCCCAUUCUGACUCUGAGGAAGAAGACGGCAUGAACUUUCUGGAGAAGAGGGCUUUAAAUAUAAAGCAAAACAAAGCAAUGCUUGCAAAGCUGAUGUCAGAAUUAGAAAGCUUCCCUGGCAUAUUCUCUGGAAGACAUUCCCUCUCUGGUCACGGAUCCAAAGGUUCAAAGUCCCCUAGAAGACGCACAUUCCCAGGCGUGGCUUCCAGAAAGAACCCUGAACGGAGAGCCCGGCCUCUUACCAGGUCAAGGUCCCGGAUCCUGGGGUCUUUGGGCGCUCUGCCCACAGAGGAGGAGGAGGAAGAAGAGGAAGAGGAUAAAUACAUGCUAGUGAGGAGGAGGAAGCCCAUGGAUGGCUACAUGAAUGACGACGACAUGCCCAGAAGCCGUCGCCCUGGAUCCAUGACCCUCCCGCAUGUAAUCCGCCCCGUGGAAGAAGUUACUGAGGAAGAGAUCAGGAACAUCUGCAGCAACUCUCGGGAGAAAAUCUACAACCGGUCGCUGGGUUCUACAUGUCAUCAGUGUCGCCAGAAAACCAUUGACACCAAAACAAACUGCAGGAACCCAGACUGCUGGGGCAUCCGGGGCCAGUUCUGUGGGCCCUGCCUUCGAAACCGCUAUGGGGAAGAAGUCAAGGACGCUCUGCUGGACCCGAACUGGCACUGCCCGCCCUGCCGAGGAAUUUGCAACUGCAGCUUCUGCCGCCAGCGUGAUGGACGGUGCGCCACGGGAGUCCUCGUGUAUUUAGCCAAGUUUCAUGGCUUUGGGAACGUGCAUGCUUACUUGAAAAGUCUGAAGCAGGAAUUUGAAAUGCAGGCCUGAAGAUCCGCUGCCUGCUCUCAGCUUCUCAAGGCUGUCUUCUUGACGCUGUUGUUGAUGGGCGCCUGCUCUCGGCUUCUCAAGGCUGUCUUCUUGACGCUGUCGUUGAUGGGCGCCCGCCGCUCUUAGAACUCAAAUUAAUCUUGUGGGAUUCACACUUGUUUCGGGGACCUCAUACUGCUAGUUACACUUCAGCUACAUGUAGUUCCCUAAAGUUUGCCCUGGUCCCUACCUUGUAGCCUCUCCACUUCCGUGGUCCUUUGCCACCACUUAGUUUGAGUUCUUCUUAAAGUGGCAGUUUUCAAAAGCAGAUUUGUUUUAUUGGUGUUGAAAUCGUCUCAGGCCAUACCAAUAAACCCAAGCACUUAGGGGUCCAGUAGUGUUGGGAACAACGGUUCUGCUAGAUUGCAGAGAACAAGUCCUUCCACUUGUUUACGCAGAAUCGAUGCGUGUGGUUUAGCGUCUUGCGUGCUGUGGGCUGACGUUUGAAAUGGAUCGGGCCGAGGCACAAACAAAGGUCUGAAAACAAUAUGGGAAAUUAGGUAAUUGCUGGGAAGUGGAGUAGCACACUGAAUGACUUUCUGGAAAAACAGAACUCCUUUGUGUUGUGCUCAGCGUCCACCCUGUCGCAGUGGAGACUCGGUUGCUGCUAAGAUCGUCCCUAAGUUAGAGUGGUCCAUCUAUGCACAGUCUCCAAAGGUUUGUGGUAACAUGGUACCAGAAUUACUUAAACUGCUGUAGAAGAAGCCUUCUAGGAAGAGAAGACGGAUCAGUCUCUGUGAUGGGCCGAUUGAAAUCUUGCUGUGAUUUCAGAAACUUAAAUAGCUUCCUUUGGUUCCGGAAGUUUCCUGAAGAGGAUUCCCUGGGGGUUGUGUCCAGGGUUUCCUUUAGAUUCUAAACAGUUUUGUGACAGUGAGCGGUGACCUCUUAGAGAUGGGUAGCUUUGAACCACUCUAGCGAGCUACCCCUGCCAGUUAUGGGCAGAUGCCGUGAGUCGCCCCCCUCCGCUUUCCUGUCGCUGUGUCCUGUUCUGUUUGUGAUGCUCCU